AUACUGAUGUAAUCUGCAACGGGAAAAGGAAGCAGCAGAAAUUCACAGUGCUGACAGGCCGGCUAGCUUCACCUGUACAAACACUGCUAUCUACGGGUAUGUUUACAACUGAAAAAUCAGAAAGACCCAUGCAAGGUGCAAAAUAAAAGGCCUGAACAAAAACAUAAUGGUCAACGGAGGCACUAAAAAUGCCAAUGAACAAGGUUCAAGGGUCUGCUGGGGUCUAUAAUGUAAGAACCAGAGGAAUUCUUCCCAGCAGAUCCUGCCUCUUGUGACUUUGGCAAACUGGGUUACAGUGGCUGCUACCUCACUUGUCUCUUCCUUUGAUAGUUCCUCACUCUGUUGCAUCAUUACCCUGUGAUAGGUAAAGCUUCUGCUACUUGGAACAAAUUUUGGAUCAACCUCCAACCAGCUUCUACAGAUUUUGGUUCUGCGUAUCUUGUUCCCCUUUCCCAUCUUCCUGAUUCAGGAAGUCCUGGUGGAAAUGCCAUAAGCAGCCAGGGUGACCCUGCAGAAACCUGGCUUGAUGUGACACGCUGAAACUGUGCCUACGACAGAUGGCAUGACCAGAGGGAGUGUGGAGCGGCAGGGUUGUGCACACUCAGCUGUGAAUACCUGGCAAGGACAAAAUCCCUCAGGAGGAGCAGGUGCACCACCUAACAUUGCAAUUGCACAGGCAGGGACUGUGUGCAGCUGUUACAAACUCACUUGCUUCUGUGCACAUCCCGUAUAACCACUGCUGGUUUACAAAGAGCUAAAGUGUACAUUUAUCAGUGCUCUGCAACUGCGUUUCUCUGCGAUAGUGAGGCAGUUGUGCAAAGUUUCCCCAGCUCAAGGCAGCGUCUACCACCUGUGCUUGCCUCCUACCUGCCAUUGUAUCAGUCACCUAAGCACAGCCAGUGAGCCUCCUCUCUUCUCCCUCCCACCAAAUGGGUAUCCUCUUCUAGACCUUCAGCCCCACGCUGUUCCUAGGAAAUACUCCUAUCGACAAAAUCAACCUUUGCAGAUGUUUGCCAAAAUCCUGGAUGACUCCUUUGUCAUGUACUACAACCCCUGCCCCCCAGACGCAUACUAGAGAGGCUAUUUCAUGACCAACAAGAUGUGGGUUUUUGUUGUUUUUUAAAGUAACUUCUACACAGUCAUGUGUACACUGGUGUGCAUUGCAGAUUUUAAAGGACUGGCACGAACCAGAAGGCACAUCAAUCUCACUGCGCAGAUGGGUCAUCCGAGUCUGCCUCUUGAGUGGCAUAUUAUUUACAGUUUAAUAAAAGACAUCUCAGAAGAAAGGGAUGCAGCUGAAGCAGAAGCAGCAGGAAAUAAAGAAAACUGAAAGAAGUGUCAUCUGAGUGUAAGAUAGCCAAGGCUAUGACAGAUACAGGUCUUAUUUUGAUCCAAACAGAGGGGAAAAAUGGCUCCAGAUAUUGAGGGCUCUUCCUUCCUUAAUAAAUCUGUGCCACUUUUGAUAGCUGCUGUGAGCACAUAUUGCCAGGCAUAGCUGCAGAUCCUGGAAGUUGCAGAAGAAUGGCUGCCUUGCACACUGACAGCUUAUUAACUGGAACGUCAUCCCAUAAAAUAGCUGGUGACCAAAGUCACCACAAACCGACAGCCUCUAACUUACUCAGGAGGGUAUGCACUUCAGCUCCUCCUGUCUUUUCUAGGCAGACUUCGUUCCCCAGAGAACACCUUUAGCUUGAGGGAGAUGACAUUACUACUUAUUUAUAUUUAUUACUGAUUUGUAUGACCCUCACAUCCAAGAACCUGUUGGUGAACCUGCAACAAUGCUGCGCCUUUCAGAGGAGAAAUACACAGUGUCUCAAGUGAGGGUUAGGCACUAAUGAAAGUGAAAGGAUGUGUACAACACAGAUACCUGCUGUGAAGGGAAUCAGAUGAAGUUUCCUCUGUGUAAUUCACAACACCUAAGGCGGACCUUGCUCAUUGUAACCCAUAAGUCACAAGAGAGGAUGAUGAGGUGCUAAAGCCUGACUGGCUCUGAUCCUUGCAGUUUGCUAGGUCAUUACACUGAGUAUUCCUUCCCAAAGGUUUGCUACAGAGCUGAACAAGUAACAUUUCUUCCGCAUGCUUGUAUAUUUUGGCUGCUAUUGCCCUACCAUGAAUCUGCCCAGACUGUGGCCUUAUCUGUUUGUCACAUUUCUGGAUCAUUUGCAAACUUUCAAACUCAGUAAAAGGGAAAACUGAAGGGUCGCAGAGAUGGGACAGAGGCACUGUGCAGAGGAGGAAGGGACCAAGAGGUUCCCCCAUUCCUCAGAGGCAAUCAUGUGUAGUAAAAUUUCUUGCAACUAAUAGCUCUGUAUAAUAAAUUGCAGUGGAAAGUCAGUCUUUGGAAGAGAACCUUAAAUAAUAUUGCCAAAAACUUCACAACAAAGUCUUCCAACUUUCCAAAAUAUGAUGGAAAAUAGCCUCUUGGGUCAGCAAGUUCAACUGCAAAGCCCUUCCCGGGACUGCAACCAUAAACACAGAAAGGCAGAUCGGUUCCAGCAAAGGCUGCUGGGAUCAGAAGCAGCCAAGAAAGACACUGCAGCAAACAGCUCUCACUUUACACCCAGCGCUGUCCGUGGAGGGGAUGUGAACCACUACUGGGCACGGCCACUAUGGCCCAGGUGCAGCUCAACACCUGGCUGGUGCUGUGUGUGUUCGCUGGAUCCCAGAGGCUGACAGAUGAACACCCUCGCAGCAGGGAUGGUGCCAGCACCAACACACCCCGUCGCAGCCCAGAGGACGCCGACGUCAUAUUAGAGAUGCUCUGGGGGAGGCUGGACAUCGAGGCCAAUGGGACCAUCCGGCUGCGGGAUGAAGAGCUGGCCUCCCUGCGCCCAGCGCGGCGGUUCAUGCAGAUCUUAGAGAGUGAAGUUCCCAAAACACCGAUGGAGAUCGAGCAGCUGCUGAGAUAUUAUUCACUGACCGAUGCCCCUUUGCCUUCAGGAGAGUAUGACCGUCUGAUUUUCACCAGUGUUUACUGUGCCUAUCAGAUUCGCUCCAUUCAGGGUCUGGAUAAAAAUCUCUGGAUCCAUUUUUUCUCCCAGCUAGUUGAUGAAAUCUUUCGUGAUCUGUGCAAGGGGCUCUGCCCUGCAAAUUCCACUCUCCUUAUGGCUUCCUGGCGCUGGAAGGAGAAACCUUCACAUUUAGCAUCGCUGAAACAGUUCUAUCAUUCUAACCUGGCCAGGACCAAGAGAGACACUUAAAAAGGGAAAGUGCCAUGGGAAAGGACACAUCUGACUUCAGCUGCGUCCUUGUUUGUUUUGAACGCUGGCAAUCUUUCCUCAGUAUUCAGGACUUUGUAGAAAUAUGCCACACCUUUUUGUACUGCUUUCUGCAUUGUGCUGGCAAUCCUCUAAGGAUUUAUACACAGUUUUUUAAUUUUUAUAUGAACCAGGACAAAACUAAAAAGUGCAUCUCACCCUUUUCUCUCUUGUGUUUUUUUUUUUUUUUUAAGUGGGCUGAGCUGAAGUGGGCAGUGCUAUUUAGAUGUGUUAUCUGUCUUGAUCACUGAUGCUUUCUAGGGAGAUGUCCUGGCAGCUUUUUUCCAGGAUGUUACACUGGUGUCCUAGUUGAAUUCAUCUUGAAUAAUUCAGUUCAGCCUCAUAUUCCUUCUGUGGUUUCAGCCAAAUGCAGUCUCGUUUCUCCUCUCCAGUAAUCAGCGAAGCAGAUGCUGCUGUGUUUCACAAUAGAGGUGGUGUAUUUAAUUUCAGCUUUCUGGUUAUGCAGCAUCACAUUUGAUGUGUCCACAGUUAUUUCCCACCUCAUGUGUUCAUUAAAGAUCAACCUGAAAAUGUAUGUAUUCCAUGAAGCUUCCUAGUAUUCACGUAUCGUAUUUACGUAUGUAUACUGCUUUGUGUCAGCUAUUCGUUUAGAAUACACUUCCGUACAUCUCAUUUAAAUUCCUAAGGAUCGUGACCUAGUUAUUUCUUCAGCAGAUUUUACCUCUUUUGAAGUUUUUUUUUUCAUACAACUAUGGCACUUUAAAGACAAACAUAACAAAUACACAAUCUCUAUUCUUAAAAUCAGAAAUAUAAUUAUUUUAUAGAAGUAGAUCUUUAACCUUUUUUUCUGUC